AUGAAUGUGCCCGUCGCUGCGAAUGUUCUUGGAACAAUAGGCGCUGUCUGCUGGUCUAUACAGUUAAUUCCGCAAAUAGUGAUCAACUAUCGUCGUCACAAUGCUGUUGGUCUCCAGCCUACGAUGAUGAUGCUGUGGGCGUGGGCCGGCGUGCCGCUCGGCGUGUAUAACAUUGUCAAAGGCUUCAACAUUGCGUUGAGGAUACAACCACAGAUCCUGACGCUGCUAAGCUUGGUAACAUGGAUCCAAUGUUACUACUAUGAGAAGAAGUGGUCGAUUUGGCGCUCCCUUGCGCUUGUAGUUCCUGUCGCCUGCAUCAUGGGCGGCAUACAAGCAGCUCUGAUCAUCGCUCUGCGCAUCGCGCAAGACAGGAAUGCCCAAUGGCCGCUGAUUCUCAUGGCCGUCCUCUCGGCAGCGUUGCUUGCGGCUGGUGUGCUUCGGCACUACCUGGACAUCUACACUCAUCGCACUGUCCGCGGGAUCUCUUUCCUCUUUGUCGGGAUCGAUGCUGCUGGAGACUUGUUCUCCUUAGUGUCUGUCUUAUUCCAACAGGAGUUAGAUAUUCUCGGCCUUGUCAUCUACGGGACGGAGCUCAUCUUGUGGAUCGGUGUCUUCGCAUGUGGAGGCUACUACAACCUCCUGCCCUGGGUUCGGAGCAGGGGAAAGCGUGGAAAAGCAACGAACAAUGCCGCGGGCAAUGGCGAACUACCGACUGUCUGUUCGAGGACCAGCGGCCGGCAAACUGGGCCGCCGGUGGAGGCCAUUGCGAUGCACGACUUGCCUUCCAGUACUUCGGUCUUCCGCACGCCAUCUGGGGAACUUGAAGUCGUGCGUCAUCGAUCGCGGGGUAGCAUCACUGGGCCGUCGGACCCGUGA